AUGCCCGGAAAACACGGAAAAGGAAAAUUCGACGAGGACGCACUGCCAGACUUCCUAGAGGACUCACCAUUUUUACCUGUCUGGAAUGAGGCCGAGUACAGAAAAGCAGCCCGGCCAAAGGCUGCCAAUAUUGCACAGCUGCUGAGAUCAAAGCCGGCACGCCUGGCAUACGGUGUGCUUCUCUUCAUUUUCAUAAUUCUAUGGCUUCGGGUCGCACACGUAUACGACCGCUUGACGGGCCCGUCUUGUUAUUUCCGGAACCCGGUGGCACCAAAUGAUCACUGGAGGGCAACAACAAGAGACUGGAGAAAAUAUGCCUACUCGCUGUAUGCCACGGAUGCCGAAAACCUGUGCAACGCCGUUAUGAUCUUUGACGACCUACGUCAGUAUGGAAGCAAAGCGGAACGGCUUCUAUUAUACGAAGACACCCUCGAUGUCAAUGAUGGCGAAUCUCGCGAAGGAAGGCUGCUUGCCAAGGCACGGGAUGAACUAGGUGUCAAGCUGCAACCGGUAAAAGUCUGGCAUCAGGAAAGCGCUGCCUAUUCGGGGCCUAAUUGGGCAGAUUCAUACACAAAGCUUCUGGCCUUCAAGCAGACCCAGUAUAGCAGACUGAUAGCCAUUGACUCGGAUUCUCUUCUGCUUGGGUCCCUGGAUGAGCUUUUCUUCGUCCCACCAGCCGCAGCCGUCAUGCCCCGCGCAUACUGGCUGACAAGCAAGCCCACGAUGUCGUCCCACGUUAUGGUCCUCACUCCGUCCAUGGACGCAUUCCAAAGAGUCGAGGAUAUCAUCGAACGCAGAGCUGGGAAAGAUUUUUACGAUAUGGAAAUUAUGAACGCAUUAUUUGGUGGCACCUGCGAAGUAAUACCACAUGAGACUUAUGCCCUUCUCACAGGCGAGUUCCGAAGUAACGACCACGCGGGUUUCCUCAGGUCCCAGUCAGGUCGAGUCUGGAAUCCUAGAGAUGUGUUAAAGCAGGCAAAAAUGGUACAUUUCAGCGACAGCCCACUGCCAAAGCCUUGGAAAGCCACGGACGAGAAGAUCUUCGCCGCGAAGCCCGACUUAUUCUACGAGUUCCUCUAA